GUGUCGGUGUGUGGCGGCAUGGCCGUGCCGCGGGAGCCGCCGCCCCGCCCGGCGCUGCCGCCGCCCGCCGCCGCCGCCCCGCCGUCGUUCGGCGCGGCCCGGGCGCUGGCGGCGCGGCGCCGCUCGUGCCUGGUGCUGGCGGCGCACCGGCGGCACGUGGCGCUGCCGCCGCGCUUCCUGGGCCGCAAGCGCUCGGGCAUCCGCGCGCAGCUGGACGCGGAGCUGCUGCGCUACUCGCAGAGCCUGCAGGGAGUGCCCGUGGCGUACGACAACAUCAAAGUGGUCGGCGAGCUCGGCGACAUCUACGACGACCAGGGGUUCAUCCACCUGAACAUCGAGGCGGACUUCGUCAUCUUCAGCCCCAAGAAGGGGAAGAAGCUGGUGGGUGUAAUUAAUAAAGUGGCCCCUAGUCAUAUUGGAUGCCUGAUACAUGGAUGCUUCAAUGCAUCUAUCCCUAAGCCUGAGCACAUGUCCAUUGUACAGUGGCAAGAGCUGGGAUUUAAAAUAGGGGAUGAACUGAAAUUUCAAGUGUUGCACUUGGAUUUUGAUACAGCUGGGGUGUUCUUCAUUCGAGGAGGACUCACUAAAAGCAGCAUGCGGCCCAAAAAAUCUGUCACAGUCACUGAAAGUACAAAUGGGGACGAAAUUGAAAAGCUUGAGCAGCAGGAAAAUGGCUUGAAUGACUGUGAGGAAGAUAAUGUCACAGAAGAGCCUUUAAAUGAGACAGGUAACCUUGAGAGGGAGAAUGAACAAGAGCAAAACAUUGAUGCUGUGAAUGGAGUAUGUGAUGAUAAAAAGAAGAAGAAGAAAAAGAAAAAGGACAAGCAAAGAGAACAGGAGCUUGUAUUGCCUACUGGAGAACAGGAACUUGCAUUGCCUACUGGAGAACAGGAACUUGCAUUGCCUACCAGUGACUCCAGUGGUUACCAAAGUGACCAUAAAAAGUCAAAGAAAAAGAAAAGAAAGCAUUGUGAUGAAGUUGAAGAAAGUGAAUUGCCUCAGUUGUCAGAAAAACCCAAAGCAAAAAAGAAAAGGACAGAAGUCUGAAGUGCCUUUCCUGUGUUACAUUUCAGAGGUUUUUGAUAAGUUUCAAUAAAUCCCUGUUUUCAAAAUGG